AUGCGCAUUGCAUUUCAUUCUAAUUUUUAUUUUCACUCACAAUAUACAUGCGCAAAUAUAAUGGAUAUGUUACCUUCAUAUCAAAUAUAUAAAGUACUUAAUGAUGAAAACGGUAGCACUGAUAUUAAGACUAAUAGUUUUUGUAACGAUUUAAGUACAAAUAAAGAUGUUAUAAAACUUUGUAAAAAGGUUGAGGGGAACCUCACAAGACUUUCAGAAAUUGAUGAAUUGAAAAAUAAAAGUCAUAACGAUCGUUGCUUAUAUUUCAACUAUUGGGUACAUGGGGAAAUGCGUAAAAUAUUAAAAGACAAGAAUGGAAAUCGUGUUAUCGAACAGGAAUUUAAAAAAUUACGUGACAAAUGGUAUCACAUUAGUAAUAAUUUAAUGAAAAAUGAUUUUAAUACAAAUUAUAGUACUAUAAUAGAAGAACUUAGAAAUAAAUGGGGAGUUUCAAGUGGAAAUAAUGGUAUUACAAACAGUUCACGAGCACAAAUAUCAGAGAGAGUUUAUUCCAUUAAGGAUUUCAGCAAACACGAGGUUUGCUUAUACAAUUCAGAUUGUACAUUCGAACAGUGCGAUGAUAUGAAAUCAUUGUAUGAUUAUUUUAAAAACGUUGAUUAUAUUAAAAGUAAAAUAAAUAAUAACAAAAACAUAUGUUCUAUUUAUUCCGAAUACGUUAAGUCUAUUAAACCAUUAUAUGAUAAAUAUAAAGAAAAUUGUUGUUACUAUUGGUUUUGUGAUUACUUUAAUUGUAACUAUGAUUAUGAGGUGGAUGAAUUAUUAUAUAAAUUAAAAAAGUGUCCGGAAGGAAAAGAUAUUAAUAAUUCUGAAAAUACUAGUUCUACAAGCGAAAAUAAUGAGUUUUACUCUCGUAUAAAUAACGGAAAAAGUCUUUUUUUGAAUUCAGCAUUUCCUGAUAAUAAAACGGGAUAUAAAUACUUUAGAUGUUAUAAAAAAAAUGAUAAUAAAGAAGAUCUUCCGAAUGUGGCAUCAUGUUAUGAAGUUAAAACAAAUAAUUAUGAAGGUUUUGAAAAAGUAUUUGGUGGCGAAAAUGCUGAUGCGAAAAUAUAUAGAAAUCUUAUGACCUUACGAAAAAACAAAACUAAAGAAAUUGAUACGUAUGAAUCUAUGAGUCCAGAAAUUAUAUGUAACACAUUAUUUUGUGACCCUUACCGUAUUGGGACACUGUUCAUUUUAAUAAUUGGAUUAAUUUUUACGCCGUUUGGACCAUGGUUAAAUAGAGUUUUGCGUAAAAAAAGAAUUAAAAGUGAAUUUCACGAAGAUUUUAGAAAAAAUUCAUCAAAACAUAAGUCACACCUGGUAAAUAAAAAUAGGUCAAAUAAACGUAUAAGCAUAGCUUAUGAGUCUCAUGGAAAAAACAGAAAAUAA